AUGCCUUCCACGUUCAGAGCCUCGCGCUCAGGGCGACACCUCGAUGGUGCCCCAAAUCGCACACGAACCGGUCAAAUCGAUCACGAUGUCUUUGAAGGAUUACCAGUGCGUCGCUGGUCCCGACAGCAGCACACCUUAUCUCAAGCGCCCAAGCCAGAUGACUCAGAAUUCGGCGUUCAAGGUCCAGGCGGAGGACCAACCCUACCAGAGCUCCCCAUGCCAAGAGACAGUCAGCUCUUGCCGCCAAUCAGUCGCGCACUUCUUCGAGCAGCCCGUGCUGGAUGUAUCCAUAUCCGCCAGGGCAGUCGAGCAGCCGAUGACGAGGAGAAAAGCGUGGCCGAUGCGGAAGACUCAGGAUCGGCAUCUCAUACGGCUGAUCGGAGCUUCACAACUCGCAAAUGGAUGACGCUUCCCAAACACCUUGAGCCUGCGGAGGUAGAGUUUCUAGCAAAGAGGCGCCCUGGUCUUUCAUCCCUUUAUGGCGCCACUGCUGGCACAGAUGGGUCGGCUUCUGGGCCCAUGAGGAGGACGAAAUUCAAAAAAGUUGAUCCCGAAACAGGCAACAUCUCCAUCUACGAAGCCUGGGUGCCAGAGGGCCAUCGAAUUGAAGGAGAGAUUACUGGCGACUUGCAGACGAUUGCCGAGCAAAGCCAAGUGCCUGUGAAGCCUGAGGCGCCUGCACCCGGAACAGUCGUCGAGGGGGUCGGCAUUGUCAAUGCCGAGGGUGUUGUUGUUGCAGAGGCUGGAUCGGCAGCUGUAAUGACACCUCCAAAGCGACGUCCGCCUCCACCUAAGCGAAAGGGCAGAGGCAUUGGAAAGGGCCGGAAGAAGAAGGUCAUGUUUGCGCCUGGCGAAGGGGCUGAUGCCGCGACAGUACAUGGAGUUGGCCCUGCUACUGGCAGUGGGGAUGGUGGCGUCAAGAGAGAAGACCAGCAGGAUGCCUCGCACAUGUCCAUUGACCAGACUGGGCAAGACGAAGACGAUGAAGACGGCGACGAGGGCGACGAGAGUGACGAUGGUGACGAUUCCAUGUUAGAUGCGAAGACCCCCGAUACCCCUCAGCCUCUGUCUGGCACAGAGUUUGUGGAUCAGCCUUCAUCCGAAACCCCUGCCGAGCAGUCAGUUGAUGUCGACAUGUCAGAUGCCGUUCCUGAAACCCAGCCUCCUGCCCCCGAAAAGGAGAAGCAAAACCAGCCUGAGAAGACCUCAGACGUGGAUUUUGCCCCCGUGGCCGCCAAUGUUCCCUCAGAGAAUGCUGAAGUCACCGAUUCAAAUGAGAAGCCUGUCAUUUCGGAGUAUGACAAGACUCCCACUCCCCCCGCCGAAACUGCCGUAACGACAAGUGAACCCACUGAGCUUCCAGCUGCAGUCGGUGAAGCUCAAAGCUCAGAUACCAAGGUGCAAGGAGAAGAGGAAGCCAUAAAGCCAGCGGCUGACCUUGCACCGAAGGAAGAACUUGGUCUCCCAAGCCAGCAGGAAAACGCGACUGCCCUGUCACCUGUCAGCCUCAAAAAGUCUCUAGAACCCGCAGUAGUACAUGAGCAUUCAGAACCAGAACAGACUGCAGAAUCAACCGAUGUCUUGGCAGAGACUCGGGAACCUCAACAGAUUUCAAGCGAGUCGAUUUCCAAUGCUGGCACACAAGAACAGACCUCGAUAGCUACCGAGCGCGAACAACCAAAUUCCUCUGAUGCCCCCGAGCCCAGUCCACACUCAGAAGAAGCAAAAGAUGUCGAGAUGGGAGAUGUCCCGGUACCGGAGCAAAGCGAAGGGCUAGAUACCCAGUCUCCCGCGAAACAAGACUUGUCUCAAGCACCACCAACCGUAGAGAAUCCACAGCCCGAGCCCACCGCAGAGGAGUCCACUACAGCUGCUCCUGUGGAUCCCAGUCUACCAGAAGAACCAACGCCCAGCGCAGACGAAAAGACAGAGGCAGCAACCGAAACAACUGUCCCUGAUCAAAGUGUCGCCGCCGAAGCAGAGCUGAAGGAAGAUUCUCGGCCUAGCAAACCCAAGGAGACCAAUGACAAAGUCGAGGAGCUCCUAGAUACGACCCCACAGGCUGAUCCGUCUGAGUCUACAUGA